AUGGCAUCACAGUUCAGAAUACAAAAGCCAUAUGAGCUUAUUGCGCUGCCCAAAACUUUGGACCAAACUGAAGACACCUACGUGGUAGGCGAUGUCUUCGGUCAGUCCGCUGGUGUGAGCUCCAAAAAACGCAAGCGGUCAGAGCUUGCCGUCGGGAUCAAUGGCGAGGCAUUGAAUCUGUACAAUGUCGCGUCAUCCCGGUUGGUUACUUCUUAUCCAGUCCCGCCAUCGGCUUCUUUCACCUGCCCUCCAGUUUCUCUGAGGCUGAAGAGCGCAGACGGCGGCAUCACGAGAUACACUUACUCCUCAACCCUGGAACCGAGACCUAAAGUCACGCUCUACCGAGAUGCGCUGGGUGCUUCUGGCGUCAAUGCAUCAACGACCGCCUCGCAGCCUCUUCCUCGAUCGCAGCGGGUGAUGUACCUAGCUGUCACACAAUCCACCAGCACAGGCGCUUACUCGGACCUUCUGGCUAUGACGCACACGGGAGAUAUCUUGUGUCUUGAUGGAGAAUCACUGAAGCAGAAGUGGCAAACCUCUGCCGGGAUCCUCAAGCAGGACACGGCACUUCCUGCAUCCGCCAACUUCCGGAUCGAUUUUGCUCAAGCUGCCAGCGCGGCAGACAUUGUCCAAGGUGUUUUUGGAGGUGACCAGGAGCAGCUAGGACUCUUCUUACCGAAAUCCAAAGACCAAACAAUCAACGCUGACAUCAUCGUGCUCCUAUCAAGUGCCGAAGUGGACGGCAAGGAACUAAGGCAUGUCCACAUUGUGGCCACUACACAGGCUGUUGAUGGAAGCACAAAAAAUGGCCAGGGGCUUGCCCAACUCCGUGUUCUGCCCUUUCCUUCGCGUCCUUCAACCGAAGAUGGCAUCCCAACCUACCGCCUGGACGCUGCUUCGGGCUCCCUGAUGGAACUUUUUGUUGACACUGUCACUGCAUAUGAUAUUUCGUCCGCAAUACCCCGGGUCGACAGCAAGCUUCACGUGCCCAAAGCGACCUCAUUUCUUAGACUGUCAAAGACAUCUGUCCUUGCUGCAACCUCGUCGGAACUGGCUGUGUACAACCCGCUAUAUCGAUCUCUACAGGCGUCUCUCCCGCUUGAGACCUCUGGAAAGCAAGAAUCGCCGCUGAAACUUGUUGCAUACUUUUCUCGAUUGGAAAUGGCAGUUGCCGUGCGCGGAACCUCCUUGGUAGCCGUGCAGCUUGAGGCUCCCAAGGGCAGGAGCAAAAAACGGAGAGCAGAAGGACUUCUGGUUGAUUCCAUCGGCCGGGGUGUUACUGCGCCAAUCACCAAGACUAGCAAGCGAGGCGGCGACUUUGACCCUUUGAGCUUUUCGAUACAAACCCCCCCAUCCCUGGAGAGCAUCUACGGACUAGGUUCUUGGAUUGACGACGCCAAAUUGGCUGAAGAAAACAUCAAGGCUGGCGAUUAUGCCGAAUUCGAGAAGUUUAUGGCCUUCUCCUUCCAGGUUCACUGUGAUGACGGGCUGGAGCACGAUGGGGCGCAGGACGAGAACACGGCCAUGGAAGUGGACGAGACGUCCUCGAGCAGCGUCGCUACAACCGAAGCUGGCCCCCGGAGGUCCACCAGAGGCGACGGACGAGUUUGCUGGGUCUUUAAGGGUCGAGAACUGCCACAGUGGCGGUUCCCACAACAGCUAGAGGCGGUUGAUAGGCGCAUGGUUAUAUACGCCAUUCAAAGGGCAUUCAACGUCACGAGUGUCACCGCAUCUACUCUGCUCGGCUGGCAGCUACGGUGCCGUCUUCCUUGGAGUGGGACAAUACAAUACUUGGCACUAGCUGGUCAUCUUACCACCGCAAACCUGCAGACAGCGCUCGAGAUAGACAACACAGAUCUCAGCGGUUCAGAGGACAUUUUGGCAGAACAGCUACCCCAGGUCCUUGCCGAGAUAGACCCGACACUGGACCUGCUGCUCGUAUGGUUAGCGGCUACCAAGCUGGGCCCUGUAGAGAUUCUGUCUGCCGUCAAGAUCACCAUGCGCAGCUUAGAGCUUAUUCAAGAUCCACAGCAAAUGACCAGGAAUUUGUUGACUGGGUCAGGCACAAACGGCACCGAGAAUGGCACCCAAGAGAAUGGCCAAAUCGGCAUGGAGCUUGACUUGCUUGAGGAGGAGCUUCAUCUGACAGAGCACUACCUGGGAGACGACUCGAGCACCCGUGCAGAAGGUCUUAGUAUUGCAUUUGGCAAGCUGGGUACCUGUCCUGCUGUGGCCAACGUGCGUGCAAUCCGCCAAAUCUUCAAACCGGAGGAGACGCUUUCUCUGAUCUACCUCCUACGUAUGGAGCUGAACAGGGAUGGGUGGACCAGUCGAUACCUGGAUGGAGCUAGGCUGAAGGAAGAGGACGAUUUGGAAGCUGUCCCGGAUAGCAGCAUACGGCUGAUCGCCGACCUGCUCUGCCAAUGCAUCGACUCUGUGGGACCCGGUGGUUGGCUCAUCAAUGACAUGUUAUCGCUAGCAGCUGGGUCGGAUGAUCAGCCGGAUUCAGCCGACUUUCUCAACUCGAUGAAACUGGAAGUCAGUGCCGCGCUCGAGGGUGUCGAAGAGGCCGUCUAUCUGCGAGGUGUGCUGGCAGAGGUGGUCAAGUAUGGCUCAUCCCUUUCCAAGGGAAUUACUCCUGGUGGCCAGGCAGCAGCGAAUGGACCUAUAGAGGGAAAUACAAAUGCCACCACGGCGAUGCUUCCCUUGGGUUCAAAGGCCACAAGACAUACGGUAUCCAAAAAGAAAGUGGUAUCGGGCGGAGAGGUCAGGACGAGAACUCCAAGGGAGGUCGGGCAUUUGACCAGCAAAAAGGUUGCCGAGUACACCUUUGAGCGGAUCUUGGUUUAA